AUGGCAAGCUGGAAGUGGGCAGCCCUGCUUCUGAUUAGUCUCUCCAUUGCUUGCUGUGAGGAAGCCAUUUUGGAGUUCUCUACAGAGACUCUCAUCAACAAUGUGGUGCAGGACCCCUCCACUGGACGGAUCUAUCUUGGGGCUGUCAAUGCCAUCUACCAGUUGGACUCCUCACUUUGCCUGGAGGCUAAAGCUGAAACGGGGCCCAAAAAGGAUUCUCAUUCCUGUACACCCCCUGUUUCCACAUGUAUAGAUCCCAAAGACACCAACAACACCAACAAGCUCCUGCUGGUUCAUGCAUUCAAUGGUUCAUUGAUAGUUUGUGGGAGCCUUUACAGGGGUAUCUGCUCCUUGCUUAACCUUUCUGAUGUCAGUCAAGUGAUCUACUACAGUGAUACCAAUGGAGAGAGGACAUAUGUAGCCAGCAUUGAGGAGGCAGUGUCAGUUGUGGGUGUCAUGUCAACCUUUGAAAUUGACGGCCAGUCUUUCAGUGUCUUCCUUGUGGGCAAGGGUUAUGGUAGCCUUGAUAGCUCAAAGCUCAUCAGCACACGCAUCAUUCAGAACUACCGUGACUUGGUAGUCUUUGAGAGCAUCGUUGAGGCCUCUGCCGUUCAAGCCCUCCCAUUCCUCCCCAAGUACUUGCAUGAUUUCCGUUUUGCCUUCAAUGCAGAUGGUUUUGUUUACUUCCUGUUCUCUCGCACUAUGGGCGGGACUGACAUAAAAAACUUCACUUUUAUUUCACGCCUUUGUGAAGCUGAUGAUCACUACUACUCCUACACUGAACUGCAGCUCAAAUGUGGAUCCAAUAACAACUUCAAUAAGAUGCAAGCUGCGUACGUAUCUGAGCCUGGGGCUGAGCUGGCACACAGCUUGACCGAAAUGGGUCAGUACGGGGAUGUCCUCACCACUGACAAAAUACUGUUUGUAGUGGCUAGUACGGAUGAGGACAACUCCAAUUCGGCUCUGUGCAUGUAUCCUCUGAAAAGCAUUAACAAGAGGUUGGUGGAAAUCAUCACUGCCUGCUACACUGACUCAGGGAAGAUUGAAGGAAAGCUGGCUGUGGAUCGCCCAUAUUCAUCAAGGUCAGAUGAACUGUGCACGGGCCAUAUUCGUAGAGACAUUUUGAAUGAGUACAAGUGUGGUGCAGACUUCCUACCCUCUCCCUUGGCCAGCACACCAGAAUUUGCAAUGGAAGCUGAAGCAGUCUACACCAGGAAGGGCCUACUAACUGCCGUGGCUAUCGCAGUGGAGAAUGACCAUACUGUAGCUUUCCUAGGAAACAGUGUGGGAGAAGUGUUCAAGGUCCAUUUAUCAAGAAACCCUGAGAUGUACAACAGAGGCCCAGGGGACAUAACAGGUGAUCGUGUAAAUAAGAACCUGUUUUUUGACAAGACUCAGAUGCACCUAUACAUCACCAGUGCAAAAAAGAUUACUAAGGUGCCUGUGCAGAUGUGUAAUUUGAAGACAGACUGUCAGUCUUGUGUAACCCAGAGGGACCCAUACUGUGGAUGGUGUGUCCUGGAGGGCAGAUGUACCAGGAUGUCUGAAUGUAGUCGUGCAGGAGAGAAGAACGGCUGGUUAUGGAGCUCCAGGCAGCAGUGUGUGAAGAUUGUUUCAUUCCAUCCUCCCAGUCUGAGCUACAGAAAGACACAACAGGUGGAGAUCAAUAUCCCCUCCCUCCCUACCAUUAGGGGCUCUGACAAACUGCACUGCUCAUUUGGCUCCUAUAAGAGUAAUGCAGAGGUUAUUGGCUCUGUGGUGCGCUGCCAGCUGCCUGGGCUCGCUGAUAUUCCCCCUACACCUGAGCACCAAGAUUAUGUGGGAGUGCCAUUAAAACUCUUUGUCAACAAUGCUGUGGAGGUGGCGUCCCGUGAAUUCAGAUUCUAUAACUGUGCUGCAACUGUGCGAAAGGCAGAAAACACACCGUGCACGUCUUGUAUUAGCAGUGUGUGGGGUUGCCAGUGGAACACUAUGGACCACACCUGUACAGACAUGAGUGAGGCUGAUACAGGACCUAAUAUAAUCAAACACAAACAGGCCCAUAGCUGUCCACGGUUCGAAAACCCAGAUCCUGUCCUCAUACCAGUCGGCUAUAAAACUCGAAUAAGUUUUGAAGGAAUAAAUCUGGAGCCUUACAAGGAUGGAGAGUUCACUAUAGGCACAGAGCUAAUGAAACAUUUUGAGGAAGAUGUCAAAACAGAGGCUGGGCCCUUCUUUUCUUUCAGUGGCUAUGUGUUUUCGUAUGAUAGAACACCAACCUCCUGGGUUUUAUUCUAUGUGAAAGACAAAUACUCAGGGAAGAAGAUUGACAGCACUCUGAACGUGACUCUGUACAACUGCUCACUGGGACGGGAGGACUGUAGUCUCUGUAAGAAUGCUGACCCCAAGUACCAGUGUGUGUGGUGUGAGAGAUCUGGCUCCUGUGUGUUCGACAGACUGUGCCCUGAUGAUGAACUGUUGGAGUGCCCUGACCCCAGAAUUACUGAUAUUAUUCCACGCUAUGGUCCACUGAGGGGGGGCAUUGCAGUCACCAUAAAAGGCUCCAACCUGGGCAUCCACAAGGAUGACAUUAAGAGUAUCACUGUGGCUGGAGUGACCUGUGCCCAUCAGGAGGGCAAAUAUUCUGUCUCCACCAGUGUUGUCUGUGAGAUUGGUCUCAUGGAGCGCCACAGCCUCCAUGCUGGGAAGGUCGAGGUAGAGGUCACAGGAGGGAAGAAGGGAGUCUCUUCCUUUAACUUCACCUAUAGGGAGCCCAAGCCUGACAUGGUCCGCCCCAGGAGUGGCCCUAAGGCGGGGGGCACACUCGUUACUAUCAGUGGUAGUGCCCUGGACACAGCCUCCAAACAGGACAUCCACAUAUCUGUGGGAGGAGUUGUAUGUGAAGUGGAGCUGUUUGGUGAGGAGAUCACCUGUCGGACAGGGCAAUACAGGGCUCAUAAAGUGCCUUCUGGCCAUUUACCGGUCACUGUAAACUAUGGCAAAUAUAUGACCACGCAGGUGCCUGCCGCUUUCCAGUUCUCUAACAACCCCGAAAUCACAGGCCACCAACCAAAAGGGAGCUUUGUGUGUGGUGGGCGGAAGAUUGUUGUCACAGGGGUGGAUUUUGACCUGAUCCAGAGCGCCAGUAUGAGAGUGCAGGCUUCAGUGGAUGAGUGGUCAAGGCUUGCCUCUCCUGUGGAGUUUGUGCAGGAAGCCAUCAGUAAGAAUGACACUGUGUUACAGUUCCUGUCUCCUGCAGUGAAUAAGACAUACCAGGCCCAGUCCUUCCGGACGUUCAUCCGAUUAGACAACAUUGAAGUGGACCUCAAGCCGUUUGACUACCAUCCUGACCCCAUCUUCAACAAGCUCACCAAGAAGAUCAUAACUGAGAACAGCAUGAUCAUUGUGACCGGGCGAGGUUUCUCCAAGGCAAUGACAGCCAAAGAGGCUCAGGCUUUUGUUGGUGAUGUCCAGUGUAACAUUAACACCCUACAGGAUGACAAACUCUUCCUAGACCCCCCAGCCACUCAGCCCCAGGCUCGCUCAGAAAGACAAAGGACAGACACCAGUUCUGAUCUACUGGAUCUAUUGAUUAAGUUUGGUAAUGGUGAGUGGGUGGUGGGUUUAGUCCGAUAUGAGAGUAAGUACAAGCCACCUUUGGACAUCAUUAUCCCAGCAGUCAUCCUACCCAUGGUCUUCAUCAUCCUCAUAGCAGUGCUGUGCUACAGGAGGAAGAGCCGGCAGGCCGAACGAGAGUAUGAGAAAGUCAAACACCAGCUUGAAAAUCUGGAGGAAAGUGUGCGUGACCGCUGCAAGAAAGAGUUUACAGAUCUGAUGAUUGAAAUGGAAGACCAUACUAAUGACCUGAGCGAAGCACGCAUCCCCUUCCUGGACUACAAGACCUACACUGACCGUGUCUUCUUCCUGCCCUCCAAAGACGGCACCAACGAUGUGAUGAUCACCGGAAAGUUGGACAUCCCAGAAUCCCAUAGGGCUGUUGUGGUCAAUGCCCUCAACCAAUUCUCCAACUUACUCAACAGCAAGACAUUCCUCAUCAAUUUCAUCCGCACACUGGAGGCUCAUUCAGAUUUUAACGCCCGUGCUAAAGUAUAUUUUGCCUCCUUACUCACCAUUGCACUACAUGGUAAACUGGAGUACUAUACAGACAUUAUGAGAACUCUGCUACUGAAUCUCAUGGAGGAGUACGUCCAAAGCAAGAAUCCUAAAUUAAUGCUGCGCAGAUCAGAGACAGUUGUUGAGAGGAUGCUGUGUAACUGGAUGUCUAUUUCCCUCUAUCAGUUCCUCAAGGAUUCAGCAGGGGAGCCCUUAUACAAGCUCUUCAAGGCCAUUAAGCACCAAAUAGAGAAAGGUCCAGUGGACGCCAAAGUAAAGAAGGCUAAAUACACCCUUAAUGACACGGGUCUUUUGGGAGAUGAUGUGGAGUACUCCAUACUGACUGUGCAAGUCCAAGUUCAUGGAGAGGGCCCUGACGUCACACCAGUGAAGGUGCUGAACUGUGACACCAUCUCACAGGUUAAAGAGAAGAUCAUUGAGCAAAUUUAUCGAAACUUACCCUAUUCUCAGCGACCAAAAGUUGACAGUGUUACACUUGAGUGGCGGCCUGGUUCCACAGGGCAAAUACUGUCUGACCUAGACAUGACCUCGUUAACAGAGGGAUGGCGGCGACGCAUUAACACACUGGCUCACUACAAUGUGCGAGACAAUGCCACACUGGUUCUCUCAAGGAUUCUUCACACACAGCAAGUAGUGGAUCAGCAUCAGGAGGGUCAUGAGGAAAGAAACGCCUUGCUGGAGGAUGAUAAAGUCUUCCAUCUGGUGCGGCCGUCAGAGGAGCUGGAUGAGGUUAAGUCAAAGAGAGGAAGCAUGAAGGCCAAAACCAUGACCAAAGCCAUCACAGAGAUCUAUUUGACUCGCCUGCUCUCCGUCAAGGGUACGCUGCAGCAGUUUGUGGAUGACUUUUUCCGUGGUGUUCUCUGCUCAGGAACUGUGGUUCCUCCAGCUAUCAAGUAUUUCUUUGACUUUUUGGAUGAGCAGGCUCUCAAGCAUGGCAACGUAGAUGAUGAAACUAUACAUAUCUGGAAGACCAACAGCUUGCCUUUGAGGUUCUGGGUAAACAUCCUUAAGAACCCCCAUUUCAUCUUUGAUGUCCACGUGACAGAAGUGGUGGAUGCUUGCCUGUCUGUUAUAGCCCAGACAUUCAUGGAUGCCUGUACCAAAACCGAGCACAAACUGAGCCGAGACUCUCCCAGCAACAAAUUACUGUAUGCAAAGGAGAUCUCCACAUAUAAGAAAAUGGUGGAGGAUUACUACAAGGGAAUCCAACAGAUGGUACCAGUUAGUGACCAAGACAUGAACACACAUUUAGCUGAAGUUUCUCGUGCUCAUACUGACAAACUCAACACCCAGGUAGCCCUGCAUCAGCUUUAUCAGUAUGCUAGCAAGUACUACGACAAGAUCAUUGCCUCCCUGAACGAGGACCCAGCAGCUCAAAGCAAACAGCUCACCUUGAGGCUGCAGCAAAUUGCUGCUGCACUGGAGAAUAAAGUGACUGAUCUCUAA